CAACCAGGAAGUAGUUUACAGCAACAUUAAUAGCCAAGAAAACAUCGUUAAUUGCAACGUCUUGUAGUUUAAUCACUGGAUUCCGUUGUUAAUCUCCAGGGGUGCAUGGCUGGCUUUAAUUUAUUUCACACAAUAUUUGGUCUCAUUUUUGUGCUAUGGCCAUGCCAAGGACAAAUUAUUUCUCCACCUGGUGGUGAUGAAUUAACUUUUUUACUUGGAUCAAAUGCGACAAUAGCCUGGUCCACUCGUGAUCCAGAUAACGUUGUUACUCGUUCUUGGACUUUCAUUGGAAAUAAAACGAGAUUAAUUGCAUCAAGUGGAGUAAAAGGGGCUGGUCUUCAAUAUUUUGGCUCAGGCUUAGACGUUAAAAUACAAGGACUAGAGACAUUGGUUUUAAUAAACGUUAAUGAAAGUUAUGAUGGAAUUUACCGGUUUGGUAUUCUCCAUCCAGUCACUGGCAGUUACGUAUCUGAUGUUAGAGUUAUUAUUCCUGUGAGACCAGUCGUGAGCUUAGACUGUUCUACUCUCAUCACACUAAACGAAGGUGAAAACUUCGUCUGUUUAUGCAGAAGUGAAGAUGGAAAACCUCCAGCUAAUGUUACCUGGUAUAAAAAUGAAGUCAAGUUUACUGAUGUUGGAACCGAGAAACAAAUAUUAAAUCUGAUAAAUGUUAGCAGCACAGACGGUGGAACAUACAAGUGUGUGGCCACAAACUACCCCGAUGAAAAUUAUACCGGCGAAAAAUUCAUCCAAGUAAUAAUCUACUGUAAGUAUAUGUUUACCUAACUCCCAAAAACCCAGUAAACUUCGAUUUGGAAAUGUGAAAAUAUUGCAUGAGAAAGUUUAUUUCAAGAGUAAACAAAAGAUUGAAAAAAUGACUAGAAAAACGCCUAUCACACAAAAAAACAUGUGUGUAGAAUUACACACUAAGGUGUGUUUGACUACACACCAAGGUGUGCUCAAUUGCACGCCAUGGUGUGCAAUUUGUGCACACCUUUCUACGCGCUUUUAGAAAACACACGUGGUGUGUAAGGGAACACACCUUUGUGUGUUCGAAAACACACCUCUGUGUGUUAGCAAAUACACCUCCUUUUGCACACCUUUCCUUUUGCUCAUUAAGGUGUGUAAAGUAACACGCUUUUCACUGAAAACACACCUUGGUGGGUUUGGCAGCACACCUUGACUCAUCCAAGGAACACAUCUUUUGGUGUGGUACACAACACACCUUUAAAUUAUUAACUGCAUAUACAAUAUGCUUGAUUGGCCUUAUUUAUUACUUAUAGUAUUUUAGUGCGUUGAUAAGAGCGUCAGCCUUAUUACGAGGAAUUACACAAGCCAUAGGAAAUUUCGCGCUGUUCCAUCGCAUUUAAAUUUAACUUUUUGCUUUAAAUUCCUCCAUUAUCUUUGGCUUGCGUUUCAGCUUCGAACAGUAUUAAAAACUCCAAACAUUACAUAAGACAUAAAUUUAAGGGAAUUUAUAGAUCGUUUUGGUUUACUUUUGUAAGAAUGGUUAACGUGGGUUGUUUUUGAAUAUCUACAGACUUGUACGGUGGCCCACAAGUGCAACAUCAAAUAUUAGAAGAAACAUCAAAUUAAAAUGACUUAUAUUGAAUUUAAAUUCACACACCGAAUUGUGCAACUUUUUACUUAAACAAUUUGUGUGUUCUCCAGCACAGCUUUAGCUGUGUAAUGAAACACACCACGGUGUGUGUAUG